GUGCUGUACUGUAUGAAAAAAAAGAAGGAGAUUCGUACUGUAAAUCAUAUUUUUAUUUUUUUUUUGAUUUUUGAACAUCAAAGAAACUAGUCCUUCUUUGCCUAGCUUAAAGGCAUUUAAGAGUUAAGCCCAAACAAAAAAAAGUGUAAAGAGAAAGUGUGUGUGUGUUUCGAGUGAGAGAAAUUUGGAUUGAUUUUUUUUUCUUCAAAUCUCAUUUGCCAUCGUUACUGUUGCUUUUUUGUUUUUUGUAUUUUUUUUUCUGUUGACCAUAAAACGAACGCACCAUCAUCAUCAUCUACGACAUCGACAACAGCAACGAUAACAACGAAAAUCCCAGCAAAUCAUCAACAACAACAACAACAACAAAAAAUUCUCAAGUUUCUCACCCAAUUAAAUCCACCCACACACACACACACACACACACACACACACAUACUUACAUACUCACACUCAUACGCCCAAAAAUACGCCCACCAAUUUCAAUUGAAUAUUCUCCGGUUUAUGCAACAAGUAACAAUAAAAAAAAAACAAAAUGUUCAACUUUACCAAUUAUCGUGAUAUUCGUUAUCAUUAUUUUCAUGUUUACGUACCUGGUAAACAUCAUGAAUUUGAAUUGAAUCUAACAAAAUUUCCUGGAGUGGCAAAUUCAUUUUUUAUUGAAGAAUUUUUACGCGAAAAUGCCGAUUUCAUUCAUCGUAAUCUAUCACAUUGGUAUUAUUCAUUUUAUCUGUCCAUUGUUUAUAUUGUGGCCAUUUUAUUGUUACGAAAAUGGAUGGAACAUCGGCAACCAUUUCAAAUGAAACCCAUAUUAAUCGUUUGGAAUUUUGGUCUGGCAAUAUUCAGUAUUAUAGGCACGUUUCGUUGUCUACCGGAAUUCAUUCAUGUAUUACAUCAUCAUGGUCUGGCACAUUCUUAUAGUAAAUCGACGUAUUAUUUUGAUUAUCGAUUAUCCGCUUGGUAUUUAAUGUUCACAUUGUCCAAAUCGAUUGAAUUAUUUGAUACAGCAUUUGUGUUGAUGCGUAAAAAACCUUUGAUAGCAUUACAUUGGAUCCAUCAUCUGUUGACAUUGAAUUAUUCGUGGUUCGUGUUUUCGGAUGCACCGGCCACAGCACGUUGGAUGUGUAAUAUGAAUUAUUUUGUCCAUUCAUUAAUGUAUAGCUAUUAUGCAUUGAAAGUGGCCGGUUUUCAGGUACCACGUCGUAUAUCAUUAACAAUCACUACAUUGCAAAUUGCACAAAUGUUUGCCGGUUUAUUUGUCAAUUAUAAAGCAUUGCAAAGAAAAUUACUUGGCCUACCAUGUGAUGCAUCAUUAUCGGUAUUGAUAACCGGUGUUACAUUAUAUGGUUUGUUUGCCGUAUUGUUCAUAAAUUUUUUCAUCUGGACAUACAUUAUAAAAGGAUCGAGACAAAAAAUUCAAUCUGCUGUACGUCAUUUUACCAAUGGCAAAACGAAAACAACAACCACAGCGACAAAAACAACGACAACAACAAAUGGAUCAAUACAAUUUGUGGCGAAAAAAGUUCAAUAAAAUCAAACAACAAGUGGGCAAAUGGAAAUUGAUUGAAAAC